GUUGCCACCGCUUCCCGGUCACCGCUUCCCGGUCCCCGCUCCGGCCGCAGCCGCCGCCCGCCCCGAGCCCGGCCGCGCCAGGCACCAUGAGCGGCUCCGGCCCGGAGGCGCCGCAGCCCAGCGAGGCAGCGGAGGCCCGGCUGCAGGAGGCCGAGCAGGACUGGGCGGCGGCCAAGGCGUUCUACGACAACCUGGUUACCAAGAAACCCCGGCCGCCCAAGCCCCAGAACGCCAUCACCGUGGCCGUCUCCUCCCGAGCCCUCUUCGACCUGGUGGAGGAGAGGCGGAUCUACCAAGAACAGGGGGUGGAGAAGUACGUGGAGUACCAGCAAAACAACGAGAACGUCACCCUCAAGCCUGGACCGGCGUUCUACUUCGUCAAGGCUCUGGAGCAUGUCAAUGCCCGGCUUCUUGAACUAUACCCUGAUGAUGAAGAACGAUUUGAUAUCGUCCUGAUGACUAAUAACCAUGCCCAAGUGGGAGUGAGGCUCAUAAACAGCAUCAAUCACUAUGGCUUAACAAUUGAACGUUUCUGUAUGACGGGAGGACAAAGCCCUAUUGGUUACCUGACUGCAUACCUUACAAACCUGUACCUCUCAGCAGACUCUGAAAAAGUGCAAGAAGCUAUAGAAGCAGGCAUUGCAUCAGCUACGAUGUUCACUGCCAACAAAGAUGUUUCUUACUCGGAUACACAGCUGAGGGUGGCAUUUGAUGGGGAUGCUGUUAUCUUUUCUGAUGAAUCAGAACAGAUUGUCAAAGAGCAAGGAUUAGAUAGAUUUUUUGAACAUGAACAGCUGAAUGAAAAUAAGCCUCUUGCACAGGGCCCUUUGAAGGGUUUUCUGGAAGACCUGGGGAAAAUUCAGAAGAAGUUCUAUGCAAAAAAUGAACGAUUAAAUUGUCCUAUAAGGACCUACCUGGUCACAGCCAGAAGUGCGGCGAGCUCUGGAGCCAGAGUGCUGAAGACUCUCCGUAGCUGGGGUCUGGAGAUUGAUGAGGCACUUUUCCUAGCAGGAGCUCCUAAAGGACCAAUCCUGGUGAAAAUCCGCCCUCACAUUUUCUUUGAUGACCAGAUGUUCCACAUUGAAGGAGCACAGAAAUUAGGCACCAUAGCUGCACACGUUCCCUAUGGCGUUGCUCAGAAGUACAACAAAUCUUCGUGACUGGAUGACACCAUUAAUGAUAAAGUUCUUAACUCAGCCAGCCUCUUAAUAAACCAAUAGUUAUGUCUGAAAACCUCUACAUAUGUGUAUUGUAAGCACUAUGUUUAAAAAUUCAACUUCUGACUAGAACAGCCUUUAAAAUAAAUAUUUUUAAUAUAGGUAAGUUUUUAAUGGAGUUAUUUUAAUAUAAUUCUUAAGCAGUUUAGAUUUUUUACCUGUCUAGAUCUAACACUGUGGUUUUGAUAUUAGGAAGAGAUUUGUACUGUUUUUAUAGCUAUUUUGAGAGACAGAACAGUUAUAUUUUCUCUAAAAAACUGUUGACGGGUUAUUUAUAAGAAAACUCAUGCUGCAAUGCUAGUUCUUGACAGUCAUUUCUGAAGUUCACAAAAACACAGUUUACAUGUAACUGUUUACCUGUUGCGGUUUGCUUGUUGAAUAUGUGUUCAGUAGGUCUGUCACCACAAGGUUUCAGCUUCCAGUAAAAUGUUAGCUUACUUGAUCUUGUGUUUACACAUUUUUCUAUAUUGUUUUCUUACCUUAAUAAAGCUGGCUUUACAGAA